CGGUCAGAUUGCCUCGCACGCGGUCUUUCUCUUUCCCCGUCAACAUGGCGGCAUCCAUGGCAUCACAGGCUGUAGCAAGAGGUUUACACGGAGCAAGUGCUAAGUACUUAUUUCUUGACAAAUUCAAGUGUGCACAGGUGAGUUCCAGGCGCUGGCUGAACCUGCAGGAGUACCAGAGCAAGAAGCUGAUGCAGGAGAGUGGGGUGACUGUCCAGCGUUUCUACGUGGCUGACAAUCCUCCCGACGCCCUGCAGGCCGCCAAGAGACUCAACGCCAAGGAGAUAGUCCUGAAGGCCCAGAUACUGGCUGGGGGACGAGGGAAGGGUGUGUUCAACAGUGGCCUUAAAGGUGGAGUGCACUUAACUAAAGACCCCUCUGUAGUGGGUGAGCUGGCCAGUAAGAUGCUAGGCUAUAGCCUGACCACCAAGCAGACGCCAAAGGAAGGAGUGGAAGUAAAAACGGUGAUGGUGGCUGAAGCCCUGGACAUUACCAGAGAGACCUACUUUGCCAUCCUGAUGGACCGGGCCUGCAACGGCCCCGUCAUGGUGGGCAGUCCUCAGGGUGGGAUGGACAUAGAGGAGGUUGCCGACAAAUCCCCAGAACUCAUCUUUAAGGAAGUUAUAGAUAUUUUCGAGGGCGUGCGAGAUGACCAGGCGCUCCGCAUGGCAGCUAAUUUGGGUUUCAAAGGACCUCUGGAAAGACAGGCUGCAGAUCAGAUUAUGAGGCUCUAUGAUCUGUUCCUGAAAGUCGACGCCACUCAAGUUGAAGUUAAUCCUCUCGGAGAGACUCCCGAAGGACAAGUGGUGUGUUUUGAUGCCAAGAUCAGCUUUGACGAUAACGCAGAGUUCCGUCAAAAAGCAGUCUUUGCCAUGGGCGACAUGUCAGAGAGCGAUCCCACAGAGACAGAGGCAGCCAAAUGGGACCUCAAGUACAUUGGCUUGGAUGGAAACAUUGCCUGCUUUGUGAAUGGGGCUGGUUUGGCUAUGGCCACGUGUGACAUCAUCGACCUCCAUGGAGGGAAACCGGCCAACUUCCUAGACCUGGGAGGAGGAGUGAAGGAGAAACAGGUUUACGAGGCCUUCAAACUGCUCACUGCCGACCCCAAGGUGGAGGCCAUCCUGGUGAACAUCUUCGGGGGCAUCGUCAACUGUGCCAUCAUUGCCAACGGCAUCACCAAGGCUUGCCGUGAGCUGGAGCUCAAAGUUCCCCUGGUUGUCAGGCUGGAAGGGACAAAUGUGCAGGAGGCCAAGAGGAUCCUGUCAGAGAGUGGACUGCCCAUCGUAGCCGCCAAUGACCUGGAUGACGCUGCCAAGAAAGCUGUGGCCGCCAUUACCAGGAAGUAGAGAGCCUCAGCCUUCCAUAACACUGACCAGUCCUUUCCCCUCUCUGUUCUGAGCACCCUAGUCCCUCCUAACUCCACCCAAAACCAACCAUGCUGGCUCCUGUUCCACUGCACAGGGCAUGUACACCAAUCCUUCAAAUCCCAGUGCAAGAGGCGUCACUACAGUCCCUGGUUUGGUAUCCAGGCUGUAUCACAUCCGGUCGUGAAUGGGGGUCCCAUAGGGCGGCGCACAAUUGGCCCAGCGUCGUCCAGGUUUGGCCGGGGUAGGCCGUCAUUGUAAAUAAGAAUUUAUUCUUAACCGACUUGCCUAGUUAAAAACAAAAAAAGAGACUAAAUAUUCAGCGCAUCGCUACGUUUCAACCUCCUGUGUUAUCAUGAUUACCGUAACUGCAAUAUAUCAGGUUGAUUUAUCAUAUAGCUUUUAUCUAUUUUCUGAUCAUAAAGUUUAUACUAUAUUUCUGAGAUUUGUUGGUAUUUUUAUGUGGGUGACUCUUUCAUUGUGCAUUCCAUUUUGAUAAGCUGAGAAACUUAAAUCUAUUUCUCUAGCUAUUACCUUUUCAAAAAAGCAAGAAUAACAUUGUAUAACAUUGGUGUUAUUGUUUUAUUAAACCAUAGUAAUACAAAAGGAAAGACAAGGAUUUUUCAAAGUAAAUGACAUGUUCCAGACUGCAUUUUCAGAUGCCACUGUGAAAUCAUUCAAAAACAUAUCCCAGUAUUCAGGAAUGAAUAGUAGUGUGUAGCUCACUUGACCCGCCUGGAGUAUUAGAGAGCAGCAUUUAAUGGAUUAUGAUUUAGUGUAAUUGUUUAUGCGUUGUAGUAGGUGACCUCACUGUUUUGCCUUUGUUAAAAUCCGGUUUAUUGAUGCCUUAAGAGGUCCUUAGUAUGUGAAACCUCAACCUCACAUGAGUAUUACAGUAUGUUUGAAACAACUUGUAUGAAAUGUCAAAUGUUGUUGCCCUGUUAACUUUGUAAUUCCAUGUAUGAUAUUAAAGUAGGUCUACUACUUUAAUCUAUAUAGCAGUAUGUAAUUUUGAUAAAUCAUCUGUGCCUACCUGAUGAGGGUAAAAAAAGGUUUGUGAAGCCAAGCAGCCAACACACUGUCCGUCAUAUGAAUAAUGCGGUAGAGAUAGUUUAAAUGAUUUUUAUAAAUGUGAAUGUAUGUCAUUCAGUUGAGAUUAGGUCAACUGUACAGUAUGAAUAAUUGGAGAGCUUAAUAAAGGUGACUAAGAAUUA